AUGACUAAAUUUAUUGGUUGCAUUGAUUUGCAUAAUGGAGAAGUUAAGCAAAUUGUUGGUGGCUCAUUAACAGAAGGUAAAUCCAAUAAUGAAUUAAAGACAAAUUUCGUUUCUCAAUAUUCAUCGUCUCAUUAUGCCAAGUUAUAUAAGGAUAACAAUGUUGAAGGCUGUCAUGUUAUCAAGUUAGGUCCAAAUAAUGAUAAUGCGGCAAUGGAGGCCCUAAAGGCCGCACCAGGGUUCUUACAAGUUGGUGGUGGUAUUAAUGAAGACAAUUGUAAAGAAUGGUUACGAUAUGCUAGUAAAGUUAUUGUCACCAGUUGGCUUUUCGAUUUGGAUGGAAAAUUUCUAAUUGAUAGGUUGGAACGGAUAUCGCAUCUAUGUGGCAAGGAUCGUUUAGUUGUAGAUUUAAGUUGUAGAAGAACUAAAGAUGGUAGGUGGGUAGUUGCAAUGAAUAAAUGGCAAAAAUUGACUGAUUUGGAAUUGAACACGGAUACAUUCCAAUCUUUGAGUAAAUUCACUGAUGAAUUUCUUAUUCAUGCGGCAGAUGUAGAAGGAUUAUGUCGAGGAAUUGAUGAAGAACUAGUAGAACAAUUGUAUAAAUGGACUAAAGACGUUGCCAACAACAAAUUAAAAAUUGUUUACGCAGGAGGUGCUAAAAGUAUCGAGGAUUUAAGUUUGGUGAAUGAUUUAAGCCAUGGUAAGGUGGAUUUAACCUACGGAAGCUCGUUAGAUAUUUUUGGUGGUAAAUUAGUUAGGUUCGAUGACUGUUGCUCAUGGAAUCAAACACAUUAA